AUGCCGCCCACCCGUGGUGCCGCCCACCAGUGGUGCCGCCCGCCAGUGGUACAGCACACCAGUGGUGCCGCCCGCCUGCGGUGCCGGCCACCAGUGGUGCCGCCCGCCUGCGGUGCCGGCCACCAGUGGUGCCGCCCACCAGUGGUGCCGCCCGCCUGCGGUGCCGGCCACCAGUGGUGCCGCCCGCCUGCGGUGCCGGCCACCAGUGGUGCCGCCCGCCUGCGGUGCCGGCCACCAGUGGUGCCACCCACCAGUGUUGCCACCCGCCAGUGGUACUGCACACCAGAGGUGACGCUCGCCAGUGAUGCCGGCCACCAGUGGUGCCGCCCACAGUAG